AUGGUUGCGGCGGCAAAUCACCAAGCGCUGUCCAAGCGACGCGCUCAGCUCGCUGGGCCCGCCGGUGUCAAGGGACUGGCUUCAAAUCUGCGAACACUUGCUAUUGCGGUUUUUGCCUCCUUGGGCGGAUUCGUCUAUGGAUACAAUCAGGGUAUGUUUGGUCAGAUUCUGAGCAUGACCUCGUUCUCAAACACGGUUCACCCGGAGUCCAUCACGGAUCCGGUUUCGAGAGGUCUUCUUACCGCAAUCUUGGAACUUGGCGCUUGGGUCGGUGUUCUUGCCAACGGUGUCCUUGCCGACAGUCUCGGACGCCAACAGGCAACUCUAUCGGGAGUUGUUGUGUUUAUUAUUGGCGUUGUCGUUCAAGCCUGUGCGAAGAACGUUGAUUAUAUUCUCGGUGGGCGAUUUGUCACGGGUCUGGGUGUCGGUGUCUUGUCCAUGAUUGUCCCUCUCUACAAUGCCGAAUUGGCGCCGGCGGAGUUACGUGGAUCCCUUGUUUCCCUCCAGCAGCUGGCGAUCUGCUUUGGAAUUUUGGUUUCAUAUUGGAUUGGAUACGGCACCAACUACAUCGGGGGCACUGGCGACUCGCAGAGCAAUGCGGCUUGGCUCAUCCCGAUCUGUAUCCAGAUCGCACCCGCGAUUAUCCUUGGAGUCGGAAUUUUGUUCAUGCCCCCAAGUCCUCGCUGGCUCAUGGUCAAAGGUCGUGAAGAUGAAUGUCUCGCGGUAAUUGCAAGGCUCCGUCAGCUACCUAGCGAUUCUGAGCUGGUGCAACUCGAAUUCCUUGAAGUCAAGGCCCAGAAUCGAUUCGAGCAAGAGACAUCAUUAGCUAAAUUCCCGCAAUACCACACCCCAGGGCUGAUGAACAAAGUCAAGCUUGGCUACCAUGAGUACACCAGUCUCCUGACCAACAGAUCUCUCUUCAAACGAGUCAUGGUUGCCGUCUUCAUCAUGGUUUUCCAGCAGUGGAGUGGAAUCAAUGCGAUUCUUUACUACGCGUCCUUCAUCUUCAAAGACCUGGGUCUCACCGGUAAUACAACUUCCCUGCUCGCCGGUGGAGUUGGCGGUAUUCUCCUCUUCCUGGCGACCAUUCCCGCCGUGCUCUAUAUCGACCAACUGGGUCGCAAACCCGUUUUGAUUACUGGCGCCGUUGGCAUGGGAAUCUGUCAUCUCGUGGUGGCCGGCCUCGACGGCAAGUACAACUCGAGCUGGCCCGAGCAUAGGGCUGCGGGUUGGGUUGCAGUCGUGUUUGUCUGGCUCUACCAAGUGAACUUUGGAUACUCGUGGGGUCCUGGUGCGUGGGUGCUUGUUGCCGAGGUGUUCCCUCUCGGAGUACGAGCGAAAGCCGUGUCUAUCGGCGCCUCGUCCAAUUGGCUGAACAAUUUCGCGAUUGGAAUUGCGACCCCCAAGAUGGUGGAUAAGAUGGGAUACGGAACAUUUAUUUUCUUUGGUGUCAUGUGCUUCAUCGGAGCCGCAUUUAUUUUCUUCGUCGUCCCUGAGACCAAGAAUCUGACCCUGGAGGAGAUGGACGAAGUGUUUGGGGAUGAGGCAGGCAAUGCGAUUGAGGACCGCAAUCGCCUUCACGAGAUCUACACAGACCUCGGGCUUAUUGAGCCAGAAAUGGGGACCGAAACACUGGUCGUUGAGCCGAAAUAG